AUGGAGCAUUUCCGCUGGGGGAAGCCUACGAGCCGCAAGCGCCGGCCGGUCCGAGUGCACACGACCGUUUCCAUGGACAAUGAAGAUCCUGAAGAAGUGUCCAUGGAGAUGCCUUUUCUUUCACUCAACAGGCGUCAGAUGGAGAGCAGCAAUGAGCAGAACAACAACACGAAGAGCACCACGGCACCGAUUACACACUUCCGCUGGAGCCCACCUGCCUCCAAGCGCCACGGUGGCUUUAUGAAGUCCUGGACUGAAUCCCAUAAACCCCUGCUAACACUGCUCCGCAACAUCAUCGAGUGCCUCUGGCAGUGCAGGCUAAAGUUGCUGGUCCGAAACAUUGACACUCUGCUCCCUAGUGAGCAGCCGAGUACCGAGGAGGACAAGGAAGAUGAAGUAGAGGGGGACAGCCUGAGCCUUGGCGCCCUUCUCACAUCUCUGGGUCCGUCUGAAGCUUCUCUGCCCAGUGUGAGACCUCAGCGCAGUGGAGAAAGACCUCCUACUUACUCCAUGGAGCAUUUCCGCUGGGGGAAGCCUACGAGCCGCAAGCGCCGGCCGGUCCGAGUGCACACGACCGUUUCCAUGGACAAUGAAGAUCCUGAAGAAGUGUCCAUGGAGAUGCCUUUUCUUUCACUCAACAGGCGUCAGAUGGAGAGCAGCAAUGAGCAGAACAACAACACGAAGAGCACCACGAAGUACCGCAUUACACACUUCCGCUGGAGCGCUCCACCUGCCUCCAAGCGCUACGGUGGCUUUAUGAAGUCCUGGACUGAAAAAUCCCAUAAACCCCUGCUAACACUGCUCCGCAACAUCAUCGUCACAAACAGACAAUGAGCGAGACAAGCCGUGAGGUUUCAGAACUUAAGAGUCGUAACUUCUCAAACUGUCCCCUGUACUAACCUUCAGUAGCUUAACUAGGACUUCAUACUCUACAUUUUCACUGAGAUACGAGACGAGAACAUCCGCUCUUAAUCUGCUUCCAUCUCACAGUCAGAACUGUAUUACUCAUGUAGAUUAUAUAUUAUUAUUAUAUCUGUAAAAAGUUUCCAAAUCACUGAGCAUCUUCAUUCAUCAACAGUGUAAAUACGCACUAUUCUAAUAAAUCUGCAAAAAAUACACAACAGCGUGCACUUAUUAUACACUCCACACUUCUAUCCUAUACACUAUACAACACACGAUCCACUCCACUUAUAUCCUUUACAAUACACACACACAUCCACU